AUGCAAUCCAAGCCAAAACUGAACGAGACCACCAUUCAGUACAUGAACCUUUUAACAAACACAAUCCAGGAAAGCAAAAUCCUUACAACUUCGUUCGAAUUAGUGGGCGAAAUCUUCUUGACUAAAAACAACAUUGGUAACAAAUCUCCAUGGAGUUUGGAUUGGGUCACCGACAAUUCCAGACUUCAAAACAAGGCCUUCUUCAGUUUUAGUCUCGAUAGGCUAACUAUAGACUCCAAACUCACAGGAUUCAUGAAUAUGGGACAAGAAAUAGGCGAUAGAGUUUUUUGGGAGAAAAAAUGGUGCGUUCUUCGGGAAACGCAGUUAAAAAUAUUUAAUUAUCCUUCGUUCGAGGACAUCGUUGAUCCCGUGCAAUGCCUGAAUUUAAUUUACAGCGUGGGCCCUUCUACAGUGACCACUAAUGGGGCCAAAAAGAGUUUCCUCCUUAAAAUAGCGAGGCCGAGUACUUGUGAAGAUGUCGAUAGGCCCAGUUUGAGAUCCAAACCCAAUUUUGUGCUGGAUAAAUAUUUUUUCAGUUCUGAUGCGUAUAAAGAUUUUCAAAAAUGGAAUAGCGAGGUCAAGACUAUCAUUGAUACCUUAAACGAUUGGAAAAAAGUUAUUUUUGUCGAGGAAGAUUGUGAAUAAGAUUUAUUGUACUAUUAUUGUUUCAUAGUUUAACUAUAUAAAAUUAUUUUUGUAUAAAAUACAAGUUAAAGCUUUAAGUUGGCUUUUAUUU